UUCCUUGUCUAAAUACCAGAAUCCUGUUCUUAAUUUAGUUUGGGACUCUAAAUAUGAAAUAUUUUGUUUUGUAAACUGCCAGGAAUGUUGCGGUUGACUUGUAGAUCCAUUUGAGAACUACAAAAUUGGUAAUAGAUGUGAAAAAUGCAUACAGCACAAGAAUCUGCAUCUAGAAGAUAAGGAUUUUAGCCCUUCCUCUGUAACUGACUUGCUUGUGUGACCAGUCUUUGCUGCACAUGUGUUUUAUGAUGUCUAAGCCAAGGUUAACAAUGCUUUCAGAAAUUACCUCAAGAUCACAAAAUGAAAAGAGCUUGAUGUAUUGGAUCUAGUAGAUGAAAAUUUCCCCUCAUAAAAAAUUGAGUGUGUUAUAAUUUAGAUAGGUCAUAAGAGGUUUUAUUAAACAUCUCUUAUGAAUGUGAGUAGCAUCUCAUUCCAUUAUGAGAGAUGUUCAUCAACUCUGAAAGCCUUUCCCUUCUGUAGCGUAUCUGUAAAAUGAGACUUUUUGUUAAACUAAAUUUUCAUUUUUACAAGGAAAAAAGUGUAUGCAAACCUCAGCCGUAUACAGGGACUUGCUGUAAAGAAGUGUAACGGACUUUGUUCACUACUGUAUUGCGGCAGCUUUCUUAAAAUUGUUUCGAAGUUGCUCUCUCAAAAUCAAUCUAAAGUAACACUGGUAUCCUCAUUUACAAAGUCAAAGUACCAAGCAGAAGAUGUCGGACAGUAGUUCCAUAAUGUUCAAUGUUCUUAAAAGAAAUAGGUUAAAAUCUCCCAGCAGCAGUUUGAAAUAUUCCAGUUUUAAGGACAUGUGUCGCACUUCAUUAUUUUUGGACAGCAAAUGCAAUGAGCCAGUAAAAGAUCCUGAUGUAGAACACAGAGAAGGGCUGAGUGCAACAAGUUUAUCAUUGCUACAAGAGCAUUCUGAGCACAUUUGUCCAAAUGUCCCCUUUCCUGUGUCACCAUCUAUUGAAAAUGAAAUUAAUUCUAUCACCUUAUCAGAAAGAAAAGAAGCAAAUAGAAGUGCAGAUUUUUUUGAAACUCCUAAAGUGAGUAGAAAAAGCUCCUCAUUACGCAGGAGGCUGCUUUUAUCUAAGGCUGUUCCAGCUGACACAACUAUAGGAUUCUGUGAAAGACAAGCUGGUUCUUCAGGAAGCAUCCCAGGGAAAAUGCUCUCUUGUGUUUUGAGCUCUGAAGAAAAACUUUCACAAACUGCUUCAGAUUCUCGAAAAGAUAAAGGUUACAACUGUCUUACAACUAGUACUUCAAAAACUGAGGACACUAUUCCUGAUUGCUCGAAGAGGAGACUUUCCUUUUCACAACAAAGAACUUCUACACUAGAUGAGUCCAAAUGUAAGGAUCCCAUAUUGCUAGAACCAGAGUGUUUGUCUCCAAUUCCAUGUAAGGAUGUUAUUGCUAGCAAUGCUAAUGAAUUCAAUGAAAGUGCCCUUUUAAGUGUUACUGACGGGUUGCUUAGGACUCCUACUUACAAUGUGUUACCUGAGGCCAAUGAGGGUAAGUUUCUGACUUCCAUCAACAGUCUUGUAGAGAACUUUAACUUUGAACUAUGUGAUAUAAAUUCUCCCCCUGUUAAGCUAGCAAGUUACCCAGAUCUUUCAACACCUGAGGAUAGCGGAUAUAAUUCACUUCAUUUGGACAAAUCGGGAGACUUAUUGUCUGACCAUGAGGGAUCUUUCCAAGAGUUGUCCCAAAAACGUAAAGAAGAUUCCAAAAUUCUGGAUAGUAAAAGAAAGACAAGAAAACUUGAACGAGUUAGAAGAUUAUCCACUCUUCGGGAGCAGGGCUCACAGUCAGAGACAGAAGAUCAUCAUGGCAGUCCUUAUACUUCAGCAUGUAUGUUAACAGAAGAAAGCAACUUUGUCAGUGAAGACCAUGCAUUAGUUUCAGAGCAGCCUAGUGGAGAUGUAGUUGUAAGGCAUGGAGACCUCUCAAGAACUCCAGCUCUGAAAGUAGUUCAUGAAAUUUGCUUGCAAAGACAAAGACCAGACCAAAACCAAAUAUCAGAGAAUAUUGAUGGAACAGAAAUAUUUGCAUUAGAAAAUGUUCUUGCUGGACUUAUUGGCAAGAAAAUGGGCCUUGAAAAAUUAGAUAUUUUAACAGAGUUAAAAUACAGAAAUUUAAAACAUGUUCUUUCUAUAGUUUUAGAUGCGUUGACAGUGGAAAGUCUAUGCAGCAUUUGGGAAGUAAGCAAAAGUUGGCGUGAAAUCAUUGUACAAGAUAAAAGUGCAGAUAAGAGGAGGAAGUUGUACAUAAAACACCUGAAAGAAGAAGCUGGGGAAUAUUUAUUGAAAGCUGAAGAUGCUGCCACAAGACUUAAUGUCCUCAAUAGAUCUGCUCUAAGACCUGUUCAAGCUCAAGCCAGAACUCCUGUCUCACAAACGCCAUCUUCAUACACUGAAGUUACACCUAGGAGAUGCAGUUCUGUUCCCCAUUCAAGCAGUAGACAGGAAGAAUACAUCAAAGUUGCUAAAACUCUGUGCACUGAUGAAGCUAUAAAACCUUGUCCAAGAUGUCAAUAUCCUGCUAAAUAUCAAUUGAUAAAGAAACGGGGACUAUGUAGCAGAGAAACAUGUGCAUUUGAGUUCUGUAUUUUAUGUUUGUGUGCAUUCCAUGGGUCAAAAGAUUGUAAUAGUUUAUCUGCAAAACAGAACAAAAAAGAUGCUCCUCCAGGAAGUGCCCAAAGCAAAAGAAAUUUAAAAAGGCUCUAAAUUUGUAAGGCAUGUAAGUCCAUACAUUUAAUUCCCUUCCCCCUUGUCCUAAAUUCCUAAUCUUGUUCAU